AUAUUUAUAACAUGAUUAAUAUCUCAUUGAAGUAUUCAGUCAAUGUUAAAAAAUGAUGGUUACCCUCUGUAACACGUCCAACCUAUGUGAAACCUUUGAAACCAUACUUCACAAGUGCAAAACUCUCAACCAUGUCAAACAACUUCAAGCUGCACUCAUUACUUUUGGUCAUCAUUCCCAAGCUCAAUUCUUCACUUUCAAACUCCUCCGUUUUUGUGUACUUCAUCUUUCCAACCUUCAUUAUGCUCACUUGAUCUUUAGUCACUUUAAAUCUCCAAAUGUUUACCUUUAUAGUGCAAUUAUUAAUGCUUAUGCUUCAAAAUCCAACCAUUUUUCUGUACUUAGUUUGUAUAAAGACAUGGUUAAUAAGGGUAGACCUAGGCCUAACCAUUUUAUAUACCCUCAUGUUUUAAAAUCGGGUUUUGAAGUGUUUGGUAUGUUUGGGAUGAAAAUGAUACAUACCCAGAUUGUAAAAACGGGUUUUGGAUCAAACCCAAUUGUUCAAACUGGUCUAGUUGAUUGUUAUUGUAGAUUUUGUUCUGAUUAUAAGACUGCACGUCAACUGUUUGAUGAAAUGUGUGAGAGAAAUAUUGUGUCUUGGACGGCUAUGAUUUCUGGGUAUGCUAGAGUAGGGAAAAUGGGGAGUGCUAUACUUCUGUUUGAUGAAAUGCCUGAGAGGGAUGUUCCUUCUUGGAAUGCUAUAAUUGCUGGUUGUACACAGAAUGGGUUGUUUCCGGAGGCGAUUUUGUACCUUAGAAGGAUGUUAAACUCAUGUGAGCCGAAGGUUAAGCCGAAUGAAGUCACAUUAGCUUGUGCCCUUUCGGCUUGUGGACAAACCGGUAUGCUUCAGCUUGGGAAGGAAAUCCAUGGAUAUGUUUAUAGAACGGGAAUUGGUUCUGAUUCGCACAUAUUCAGCGCGUUGAUUGAUACGUAUGGUAAAUGUGGCUGCUUGAAGGAAGCUAGACGUGUUUUCAACAUUACAAUCGAUAAAAGUUUGGCAACUUGGAAUGCCAUGAUUAAUUGUUAUGCACUUCAUGGGCAAAGUACGAGUGCACUUGAUGUGUUCGAGGAUUUGAUGCAAAUCGGGAAUGAUGUAAGACCUGAUGAAAUCACUUUUGUUGGUCUAUUAAGUGCUUGUACUCAUGGAGGCUUGGUUGAGAAAGGGUAUUACUAUUUUGAUUUGAUGACUAAAGUUUAUGGUAUUGAACAUCAAAUUCAACACUAUGGUUGUAUUGUAGAUCUUCUAGGUCGGGCAGGUCGGUUUGGUGAAGUGAUGGGUAUUAUCAAUGGCAUGAAAAUCAAGGCUGAUGAGAUGAUAUGGAGUUCUCUGCUUAAUGGGUGUAAAAUUCAUGGGAAUAUACAUUUAGCCGAGUUUGCGAUUAGCAAGUUGAUCGAAAUUGAUCCCAGAAAUGGUGGCUACAUUUCGAUGUUAGCGAAUUUAUAUGUGGAGAUGGCUAAGUGGGACCAGGCUCAUGGAGCGUGGAGAAUGUUGAAGGAGCAGAAUGCACAGAAGAUCCCUGGUUGCAGCUGGAUUGAAGUAGACUGCAGAGUGCACCAGUUCCAUUCUGCUGAUGAAACACAUCCCAGAGCUGAAGAAAUUUACAGCACACUGGGAAGUCUUUUUGAUACUAUUAGUCAAGAAAUACCAUAUUAUGCUAAUAAUGGAGAUUUUAAUUUGAAAUUUUAAUAAAUAAAAUGGUUGAAUUCAAAUUAGGAACUUUCCCUUUUAUUGUUGAUAUACAAAAGAUGGGAAUAAGUAUAGCUGUUAAUGUUCAUAUACUGAACAUAGUUACAAAGACGGGACCUUUUACUACGUAGGUGCGAUGAGAAACUUAUGGUGGCGUUUCUACAUAUGUGCGACGCUGGAACCGAACAACAUCGAUUGGACAAAGCUGCUAAACAAGUUUGUGUUAUUGAUAGCAAGUGCAAGUAUUCAAAUUAGGCUUAACUAUAAGAUUUAGCUGAUGAGUAAUAUGAUUAUACGAGUGUUAUGAUCGUGUGAAAACUAGUAUGAGAAUGAACAUAAUCAAUAUAUGUAUAAGACUUUAUUCAAGUUAUCGGAUGAUCAAGGCUUGUCUUAGUUGGAGCAAGUAUCGUCUUUUCCGAGCAAAAUCCUGGGAUCGAAUCUCACCUAGCCCUCCGCUUCCCUUUGCCUACCCUAUUAUCCAAAAAAAGUUAGAUCUUGGUUAUAAUGUAUCACGAUCAUAUCGUUUUAAGUCGUCUUGGUUUAAUCUUUUGAGCUGUGAGGUCUAUGCUAUGUAGGGUUGUUAGUUCUGUCCUUACACUUGGUAUCUGGCUUGUGUCCAAUUGUUCAUUGUUGUUGG